GUGAGCGGUGUGUGGAUGUUUGAGCAUUCCUGGCCUUGUUUAAUUAUCUGUCGGAAGGAAGGCAAUCUCUGUAGGGUCAAGCAUGGAGCAAACAGGCUGGUCCAACAUCAGGGAGGACUAUGAACUGAAAGAUGUCAUCGGUGCAGGAGCCACGGCUGUUGUCCAAGCAGCUAUUUGUAAACCGAGGAACGAAAGGUGUGCCAUCAAGAGGAUUAACCUAGAGAAAUGCAACACAUCUGUGGAGGAACUCUUGAAAGAGAUCCAGGCGAUGAGUCAGUGUAAGCAUGAGAAUGUUGUCUGUUACUACACAUCCUUUGUUGUCAAGGAGGAACUCUGGGUCAUCAUGAAGCUCUGUGCUGGAGGUUCCAUGUUAGAUAUCAUCAAGACACGAAUACGUAGUGGCCAGUUCAAGAAUGGUGUGCUGGAGGAAGUCGCUAUAGCAACGAUAUUGAAGGAAGUGCUCAAGGGGUUGGAUUACCUGCAUACCACUGGCCAGAUACACAGGGAUAUCAAAGCUGGGAACAUUUUACUUGGUGAAGAUGGGUCAGUGUAUAUUGCAGAUUUCGGGGUAAGUGCCAAACUGGCCACAUCCGGAAAGGACAUGACGAGAGACGCGGUCCGGCACACCUUCGUGGGGACACCAUGCUGGAUGGCACCAGAGGUCAUGGAGCAAGUCGCUGGGUACGAUUUCAAGGCUGACAUCUGGAGCUUUGGAAUCACUGCCAUAGAAUUGGCAACAGGCACUGCUCCCUAUCACAAAUACCCACCCAUGAAGGUUUUGAUGCUGACUCUACAGAAUGAUCCCCCAACCUUAGACACUGGGGCUGAUGAUAAAGACCAGUAUAAGGCAUACAGUAAAGUGUUCAGAAAGAUGAUAGCCAUGUGUCUCAUGAAGGAACCCGAGAAAAGGCCAACAGCGAAACAGUUACUGAAAACAGACUUCAUCAAAAAAGCAAAAGACCGGGCAUAUUUACAAAAGACGCUGUUAACAGAAGGUCCUCCUGUCAAACCUCAGAAGGUGAAGCGUGUCCCUGGGUCGAGUGGGAGGUUACACAAGACCGAGGACGGUGGGUGGGAAUGGUCAGACGAUGAACUGGAUGAGAACUCUGAGGAGGGAAAGAGAGCAGCGACGUCAGAGCGGGCUCGGAGAGUUGAUCGCACCCAGUUAGAUUUGUCAUCGCCAGUCUCACCUCGUGUCAGAAAUUCCCCAGCGCAGUUUCCAGACUUUGAAGGGCAAAAGGGCCAGUCUGAAGCUCCCUCUGGUGGACAAGGUGAUCAAGGGAGCUUAUCCAGUCAGCUCUCCCAACCCUCGACAGGCACAGCUCAAGAGCCAAGUGUACCCUCUGUUCCUGAAGAGCCCACCCCCGCAGACAAACCAGCGGCUCAGCCUCAACCUCAGAAAGAGGGCUCCCAAGAAGAAGUCAAUGUCUCUUCCAUAAAUCUGGUUUUACGAUUAAGAAAUGAGAAAAAGGAAUUAAACGAUAUAAAAUUUGACUUCACACCUGGGCAAGACACGUCAGACAGUGUGUCUCGCGAGCUGGUGGAGGCAGGAUUGGUGGACGGCAAGGAUAUGAUUGUGGUGGCUGCCAAUUUACAAAAAAUAUUGGAUAGCUAUCCAGAAAACAAAAGUCUAGUGUUUGGUUUGAACUCUGGUUGCCAACCGAAUGACGCCCCAGAUGACAAAUGUUUAAUAGGAUAUGCCCAGUUAACAAUAAGCGAGCCUCCUGCCCCUGGUGCCCCAGCUAUGCAGUCCUAAAAGAGUUCCCCGACCCCACCCUCCAACCCUUAAUCAUUAUAACCUGUGUACAAUAACCCUUAUCCUACACCUGACCAAAACACAUGCUAACACUGGUUAAUUGUGUAUUUUAAUAACAAAACUGAAAUUAAGUUCACCCCUGAUAAUGAAGUGGUCCGUUCCACUGACCCUUAUCAGUCAGUGAAAUCAGGGUCCCAGACCUACUGGUUGAUCCAUUUACGAAACAGGGGAUGUGUGACCUUGAUUGUGUCCUGAUUGUAUUUCUUGUUUUGUUGUACUAUAAUUCUUGUAUAUAUAAUAUGGGAUUGUUAUGAAUUGUACUGUUCAGUAAGAUACCAACAUGUAUGUGAAUUUUAAAGACUGUACUUCUAGAAGUAGCUGAUUAAGUAUUAUUAUUGUGAAAUGUUAAAUGAUAUAUGUCAUGUAUUAGUCCAAGAGAGUACUGUUAUGUAUUAGUGCGGAGUGUAGAAACCAAUCUGUGACUAGAGGGACUAGGGAAUUCUUAGAGCUUGUGGCCACUCAGGGGAAAUUCACAUGGGCUUUGUCUCCACUCCCGGGGAUUCUGGAGAAAUUCUCAUAGAUUGUGACCACUCUGGGGAAAUUCCUAGGGACUUCGUGUCAUCUCUAGGAAAAUUUGUUGUCUUUCCUGGAGAAAUCACAUGUAUUGGUUGACCAUUCUGUUGAUGUUUCCAUGCACCUUGUGCUCAGUCUUGAGAAAAUUCCUAGACACUAUUCAUUCUGUAACCACCUGGAAAAUUCCCAGUGACCUUGUGUCCACUCUGGGGAAUUUUGUCUGAUUGGGGUCCAUUCUGGGGAAAUUCUUGUAGAAUGUGUGGCCACUAAAGGGAAAUUCUUUUAAAAUGUGUGGCCACUCAAGGGAAAUUCUUUUAUAGUGUGUGGCCAUUCAAGGGAAAUUCUUUUAAAAUGUGUGGCCCACUGAAGAGAAAUACAUGUAGAAUGUCUACUCAAGGGAAAUUCCAGGGGAUUUGUGCUCUUUAUGGGGAAAAUCUCAUGGAUUAUGACCACUGUGGGGAAAUUCACAGGAGGCGUGUGUCCACUGUUAUUCAAUGGAACCUUGUGGUCGCCCUGGGAAGAAUUCUGAGGGACCUUGUGGUCACUGGGGAGAAUUCUGAGGGACCUUGUGGUCACUGGGGAGAAUUCUGAGGGACCUUGUGGUCACUCUGGAAAGAAUUCCUAGGAACCCUAUGGUCACUCUGGGAAGAAUUCCUAGAUACCCUGUGAUCACUCUGGGGAGAAUUCCUAGGGACCUUGUGGUCACUCUGGGAAGAAUUCCUAGGGACCUUGUGGUCACUCUGAGAAGAAUUCCUAGGGACCUUGUGGUUACUCUGGGAUGAAUUCCUAGGGACCUUGUGGUCACUCUGGGAAGAAUUCCUAGGGACCUUGUGGUCACUCUGGGAAGAAUUCCAAGGGGCCUUGUGGUCACUCAGGGAAGAAUUCCAAGGGGCCUUGU